AUGGCAAAGUUCAAGGCAGAGUAUGCCAAGUGGGAAAAGGAUAUCGAAAGGAAGACACAAGUACUUGAGGAAAUAGGUGUUUAUGUUGGCUGGAACGGUGCAGUGUCUCCUCAUGAUUUCAAUGAAGUAGUGAGGAGACUUGCUGCGGCAAAGCAGGGUUUUCUGAAUCGGGAGUCGGCAAAUAAACAAGAGGGAGCGAUAUGGGAAGAUGCCUGGCUGUUUCAAGAGAUGUAA